UAUUAAAGAACCAAGGACAUUUAAGUAAAAAAAAAAACCUUAUCUUCCUCAAAUGGAGUAAGUUCCACUCUUCAACCUUCUUUCCUUCACAUGCACACCCUUUUAAGUGAGACAUAUACUACAACACACAAAUUUCUUUUCACCCCAUAAAAAAGAAAAAAAACACAAUUUUCUACUACAAAACAUAAAACAACAAUAAUCAUCCAUUUUACUCUCUAUUUCUAUGGUUCUCUAAUUUUCUUCUUCACUAUCCUUUAUAAUCUUUCCAGUUUCCAUCCUAAAAAAAAACCCAACUUUUUUUGUUUGGGUAUUUAUCUUCCAAAUCCCAAGAAACAACCUUAAAAAAACAGAGUACUCUGUUUCAGAUUCAGGGUACCUCUGUUUUCAAUGGAGUUAUAAUUAUUUAAUAUAAAUAAAUUCAAGCUCUUGAAUUUGUGGGAAAUUAUUGUUAUUAAUGGCAGAAGUAAAAGGAGUAAAUAAUGGGGAAAUUAACAGGGAAGAAAUACAAGCAGCCAUUGCUAAAGCUGUUGAACUCAGAGCAUUACAUGCUGCUUUAAUGCAGGGGAAUAGUCCUUCUCAUCUCAGAUUUCGUUCUUCAACUUCUCCUAAUCAUCAUAUUCUUCCUUCUCAUUCUCGUCCUUCUUCCCAGUUUUCUGGUCAUGAUUAUCCUGUUUUUACUCCUAGUUAUGAAGAUGAACAUGUACCAGGGUAUGGUCAUGUACAAAUAGCAAGCCAAACGAUUAGCGAAAAUUGGGAUGUAAUUAGAGAUAAUCAAAGUGGAUUAGUAAACUUUGACAGCAACAACAACAGCCAUAUACGUCCUGCAGAAGAUUGUAAAUCGGUGGCUAGUUCGUGCACGAACACACUCACAUUCCUACAGAAUUCACCAGGUACUGAAGUCCUGAAAUCGAGGAGAAGAAACAGUUUAGGAGACAUAAAAUCAGUAUCAUCCUGUAACAAUUGUAAGCCUGCAACAAUUAGCAGCAUUGAUUAUAAUGAUAGCAAGAGUACCAACAACAACAAGUACUCUAACAUGGUGGUGCCAUUAACAGAUUCUCAUGCUACUAUGACUACUGCUACUUCUGCUGCUGCAGCACCACAUAAGAAAUCCCGAGGAAUGAUCAUGUCGUGGUUGUUCAAGAGAAGGCAAAAGAACGAAACAAGCUCCCCUGCAAGGACUGAUGAUCAGUCCGAAGAGGUGUCCCAAGUGAUGAAGGAUUUUGGGAAUUCUGCCUCGGUUGAAAUGUUAAGGAAAGAGCUGAUUGAUGCUAAUCAGAAGAAGGAUGCAGCCUUAGUAGAAGUCUCGGAGAUGAGGUCUUCAUUUGGGGAGUUGAGGAGGAAGCUCGAGAACUUAGAGUCUUACUGUGAGGACCUGAAGAAGGCUCUCAGACAGGCAGUCACGAAAAGGGAGAAACCGAGUGAUGGGAGGAGUAAUGAGGAUUCCGAGAUGCCUGUAAGCGAGGAGGUGAUGGUAGAAGGGUUUUUACAGAUUGUUUCAGAAGCAAGAUUAUCAGUAAAACAGUUCUGCAAGACUCUGACAGAACAAAUAGAUGAAACUGAUGAACAACUUACCGAGAAUUUGAACAUGAUUUUAAAGCCCUAUAAACUGUCUGUUAAUUCAAGGUACUCUAAGGCAGUUUUCUACCAUUUAGAGGCGAUUAUAAAUCAAGCAUUCUACCAAGAUUUCGAGAACUGUGUGUUUCAGAAAAAUGGUAUGCCGAAACUGCUAGACCCUCAGCAGCAGAGGCAAGCACAGUUUCAGUCUUUUGCUUCAUUAAGAAAUCUAAGUUGGAAUGAAGUUUUAAAGAAGGGAACAAAGUAUUACAGUGAAGAAUUCAGUAAAUUCUGUGAUCAGAAAAUGAGUUGCAUAAUUAUGACUCUGAAUUGGACUAGGCCUUGGUCUGAAACAUUACUGCAGUCAUUCUUUGUAUCAGCAAAAUGUAUAUGGUUACUUCAUUUGCUCGCGUUUUCUUUCACUCCACCUUUGAGUAUAUUACGAGUGGAAGAGAAUAGAUCGUUCGAUGCUCAUUAUAUGGAGGAUAUCGUGACUGAUAAACAGAAGGGACACGGUCCAAGUCGGGUUAAGAUAAUGGUGAUGCCAGGGUUUUAUGUACAAGAUAAGAUCCUUAGAUGUAAGGUUCUUUGCAGGUAUAAAUCUGUAGUAUAGUUAAGCAAGUAAGCAAUUUUUUGGUUUUUGUUAAUUUGGGUUGUUAUAAAUAAUUUUGGUUGAGUAAUUUGAUUGAGGAGACUAAAGGAUUUGAUUAUAAUUCAAGUAACAAGUACAAGUAGCAUACUUGAUUUAGCUGAA